AUGUGCUCCCGUCAGGACAAGGACCAGUGCCACCAGCAAGAGCGAUCCUCAUGCCACAGCAGUGAAGGGUGCCACGGGAGCAGAGGAACCGGAUGCCACGGAGACAGCAGUGGAUCUGGAUGCCACAGGAGCAGCGGUGGAUCUGGCUGUCACAGUAGCAGCAGUGGAUCCGGAUGCCACGGGAACAGAUCCGGAUGUCAUGGGAGCAGCAGUGGAUCCGGAUGCCACAGGAGCAGCGGUGGAUCUGGAUGCCAUGGAGGCAGUGGUGGAUCUGGAUGCCAUGGGAGCAGCCAGGGAUCCUGCCAUGGAAAUCCACCGGAUUGCCAGCAGCAGAUCUAUCAAGUACCAAAGAUGAAGUGA